GUGUCCUGACGGCCACAGGCUUGAGUGGAUUUAAGAGUGGAUAACACCCGUUCAUAGGGACAUAGGAAACUGCCAUAUAACAAGUCAAACCAAACUGGUCCUGCUAGCUCAGUAUUUUCUACACUGAAUAGGAGCAGCUGACCAGGGCUUCAGGCGAUAAUUUUUUACCAGCCAUGCCUGGAGAUCCUGGGGGUUAAACCUGGAACAUUCUAUAGGUUGUCUGAGUCUUUUUGGAGGGGCAAUGUGGGAUACCAAUUAGUUAAACAAACAAAAAAUGUGAAGUAAGAACUCAACAUCCUGAGAAUCUCAGCUUCUUUCUUUUUAUUUGUGAUGUAAAAUGCACACUGCUAGCACUGCUGUCAAGAUACGACUGAGAAGGCAUGGGCAGAGACCACGUGAGCAGGCAGUUCUUCUUCCUCUCUCAUAAUACGAGAACCCAGGACCAUUCAACGAACAUUGGGAGAUGCAGGGCAGACAAACCAAAGGAUUUCUUCACACAGUUGAACUAUGGCAUUCACUCCCACCAGAGGCAGUGAAGGCUACCAACUGAGAUGGCUUUAAAAGAGAAUUAGCAUCUUUCAGAGAUGCCCUGACAAAUUUAUGAAAGAUAAGGCUACCAAUGGUUGCUAGCUAUGAUGGCUGUUCUCUACCUUCACAUCUGAGGCAGUAUUUGUUAAGGAUAACGGUUUAAUUGGCUGAAAUGGGAAUGUUUGCUUCUGUUGAAUUGAUGUGUAUUUUUAGCAUAGGUUCUUUUUUCCUUUGGCGGUAGCUCUCUCAUGAUUGGCUGACUGUGAGUCACAUGAGAGAGGCAUUCCAUUCUGUUGUGACUGUUAUUCAAGUAACUGUCGUUUUUAACUGGCUUUCUGCUUCUGUGUGUGUGUGAAGGGGAAUGGCUGCUGAGAGAGGUUUCUCAGGAUCUGCUAAGGACAGUGUGUGUUAGUGUCAUCUUUCUGAAGUGAAUCAGACAGAGGAGAUUCCCUAAAUGUUAAUAGGGAGAAACCUGAGCAUGAUAUUAGAGAAAUGGAAGCUGAGAGGAUGAAGAUUGUCCAGGAGUGGAAGGAGAUGCACCAGAUUCUCGAUGAGCAGCAGCAGCUCCUGCUGAGGUGGCUACAGAACAUGGAGGGUGACGUUCUCCGCAGAAAGAAGGAGGUUCUCCGAAUCACCAGGGAGACUUCCCUCCCCCGUGAACUGGAAAAGGAGAAGAAGCCACAGCAGCCAUUACUGGGUUUACACAGCACUGGCCGCAGAGACGAUACAUUCUUCCCGAAACCACAGCCGGAUUUGGGGGAGCUGGAGAAGAGGCUGAGCGAUUUCUCCCACAAAAGGGCUGCUUUGCUGGAAACGCUGCUGGCAUUCAAAGGAAAUCUGCAUCUGGAGUUGAAGAGGAAUGGAGCAGGAGAAGGCCAGGUGAGCAACAUGGAGGAUGAGAAACCUCUGAUGGAUCAUACUGAGCAACAGGAACGGAAUGAUAGGACAGCAGAAGGAGCAGCAGAGAAAAUGUCUGUGUGCCCUGAACCGAAGGCCACUUCUGAGGAUGAACAUGGCUCAAAAAGAGAGCAGAGGAAAUGUCUGGACAAAGGGGACGAGGACAAAUCUAUUCCCUGCAAAGGAAACAACUGUGACCUUGAUGGGCACAAAGUUCUGCCAAGGACUCAACAGAUCAAGAAGCAAAGGGUGUGUGCCGAGUGCGGGAAAUGCUUCAGUCAGAAGUCAAACCUUAUUACACAUCAGAGAAUCCACACCGGUGAGAAGCCGUACGAGUGUGCCGACUGCGGGAAGAGCUUCUGCCAGAGAUCGGGCCUCAUUUCGCACCAGAGAACCCACACGGGUGAGAGGCCGCACAAAUGCUCGCACUGCCAGAAGAGCUUCCGGUUCCACUCCAACCUCAUCAUGCACGAGAGGACUCACACGGAGGAGAAGCCGUACAAGUGCUCGCGUUGCGGGAAGCGCUUCAACCAGCGGUCGAACCUCGUCAGUCAUGAAGGGACCCACCGGCAGGAGAAGCCGUGCAAGUGUUCCGAGUGCGGGAAAAGCUUCCGCCGGAGCUCAGAGCUCACUGUCCACAUGAUGACCCACACAGGGGAAAAGCCAUACAAGUGCCUCCAAUGCGAAAAGGGGUUCAGGAGGAGGGCAGACCUCAUUGUGCAUGAGAGGACCCACACGGGAGAGAAGCCAUACGGCUGCCCCCAUUGCGGGAAAAGCUUUAGCCAGAGGUCAGGUUUAAUUGCACAUGAGCGGACGCACUCAGCAGAGAAGCCGCAUGAGUGCGUGGUGUGCGACAAGGGCUCCAGCCACACUGCACACCUUGCCUCGCACGAGAAGCCAGACCUCACCACGCACCACCAGAACCGCACUGGCGAGAAGCCUUACGAAUGCGCAGACUGUGGGAAGAGCUUCUGCCAGAGAUCGAAACUCGCCGUCCACCAGAAAACCCACGUGCGCGAGAAGCCGUACAAAUGCUCUCACUGCAAGAAGAGCUUUGGCUUCCGGUCCUACCUCAUCGCACAUGAGAGAAUCCACACAGGGGAGAAGCCAUUCAAAUGCGCGCGUUGUGGGAAGGGCUUCAGCCAGCGGUCGGCCCUCAGAGGUCACGAAGGGACUCACGAGGAAGAGAAGCCUUACAAGUGCUCCGAGUGCGGGAAAAGCUUCUGCCGGAGCUCAGAGCUCCUCGUCCACCUGAUGACCCACACGGGGGAGAAGCCGUACAAGUGCCCUCAGUGCGGGAAGCGCUUCAGGAGGAAGCCGGAGCUCAUCAUCCACGAGAGGAUUCACACGGGCGAGAAGCCGUACAAGUGCACAGACUGCGGGAAAAGCUUCAGCCAGAUGUCGGGCCUCCUCAGUCACGGACGUACCCACCGGGAAGAGAAGCCGUACAAGUGCUCCGAGUGCGGAAGGGGUUUCAGGAGGAAGCCAGACCUCACCGUGCACGAGAGGACCCACAAGGGGGAAAAACCGUACAAGUGCGUGGAGUGCGGGAAGGGGUUCAGGAGGAGGACGGAUCUCAUUGUGCACGAGAGGACCCACACAGGGGAAAAACCGUACAAGUGCCCUCACUGCGAGAAAAGCUUCAGGCAGAAGCCAGGCCUGAACGUGCACCAGAGGACCCACACAGAGGAAAAGCCGUAGAAAUGUGUGGUUUGCGACAAGAGCCAUGCUUCACACCUUUCUGUGCACGAGAUGACCCACAUGGAAAAGCGGCCAUUCAAGUGCCUGGACUGUGGGAAAAGCUUUGACUGGAAACUGGAUCUCACUUUGCCCUGCCAGAACCACACAGCAGAGAAGCUGUACGAAUGUGUGGACUGUGGAAAUUCAGCCAGAGGCCAAGCCUGUGUACGCAUGAGAGGACCCACAUGGGCAAGAGGCUCUACCUGUGUGUCAAGUGCAAGAAGAGCUUCCAGAACAUCUCCAACCUGAAGUCACACUGAAGUGCCCAUUCCAAAGUGCCCAUUCCAAAGUGCUUGCAGGUGCUCGGAGUGUGGGAAAAGCUUCCUGGGGAGUUUGGAUCUUAGCAGACAUCAGAGAUUCCACACAGGAGAGAGCUCACGAGCAGCCCAAUUAUUUGGAAAACUUAUUUUAAAUAAACAGUGGUUUUGCACAGUG